AUGAAGGGCGACGACAACCAGCCCGCCGCCGCCAUCGCCGCGGUGAGCCCCCCUGGCUCCGACAAGCACCACGACCAAGACGACGACGUCGAGGUCGGCAAGCCGGCGAGCUCCCACGACGCCGCCGGCGCGGGCGAGUCGACGCGGCGCGGGCUCAAGUCGCGGCACGCGCAGAUGAUUGCCCUCGGGGGCUCCAUCGGUACGGGCCUGUUUGUCGGCUCCGGGCAGGGCCUCAAGAUGGGCGGGCCGGCGCUGCUGCUCGCGUGCUACGCCAUCAUCACGCUGCUGCUGUACGGCGUCGCGACGGGCGUGGGCGAGAUGAGCGCGUACCUGCCGGUGCGCGGCGCCGGCGUCGCCUACUACGGCCAGCGCUUCGUCUCGCCCAGCCUCGGCUUCACGCUCGGCUGGCUGUACUGGUACAUCUUCUCGCUGGGCAUCGCCGGCGAAAUCACAAUCACCACCAUUGUCCUGCAGUACUGGCCGUCGCCCGUGCCCACGGCCGCGUGGUACACCCUCAUCGCCGUCGUCAUCGUCGCCUGCAACCUGUUCCCCGUCGCCGUCUACGGCGAGGCCGAGUUCUGCUUCGCGUCCACAAAGGUCGUCGCCAUCCUCGGCCUGCUGCUGCUCACCACCGUGCUCUUUUUUGGCGGCGGCCCGGCUGAGCCGCUCUACUUCUCCAACUGGACGCGCCCGGGGCCCGUCAACACAUAUCUGCUCGAGGGCGGCGCCGGCUACCUGUGCGCCUUUGUCGGCACCCUCACUUUUUCCGUCUACGCCUUCAUCUUCGCGCCCGAGAUGCUCGUCGCCACCGCCGGCGAGAUGCAGUCGCCGCGCCGCAACAUGCCCAAGGCCACGAAGCGCUACUUUUACCGCCUCGUGCUCUUCUACCUGCUGGGCGUGUUUGCUAUCGGCAUCCUCGUCCGGAGCGACAAUGCCGGGCUGCUCUCGCCGGGCAAUACCGCGGCCGCGUCGCCGUGGGCGCUGGGCAUCAAGGCCGCUGGGAUCCCGGUGCUCGACUCCAUCAUCAACGCCGUCAUUGUGCUCUCGGCCUGGUCCACGGGCAACUCGUUCCUGUACAUCGCCAGCCGCGCCCUGUACUCGCUGGCGCUCUCGGGCCACGCGCCGCGCAUCUUUGCGCGCUGCACCAAGCAUGGCAUCCCGCUAUACGCCACCGCGCUGAGCGCUUGCUUUGCGGCCUUGGCUUACAUGAAUCUCGGGAGCACAGGCUCUGUCGUCUUCAACUGGCUCGUCAAUAUCGUCAACACGGGCGCUUUCCAGAGCUGGAUCUGCUGUUGCUUCAUCUACGUCCGGUUUUACAAGGCCACAGAGCUGCAAAACGUGACCGUGGCCAGCGGUCAGCUUCCAUAUCGCUCCAGAUUCCAGCCGUACGCAGCUUGGAUUAGCGGCGUUGUUUUCUUUGUGCUGCUGCUGCUCAACGGGUUCAAGGUCUUUGUCAAGGGACAAUGGGACACGCCGACGUUUAUCACGUCCUACAUCGGCAUCGUCAUCUUUGCCUUGUUGUAUUUUGGGCACAAAUUUACCAUUGGGCGAAAUGAUCCGUGGAUGGCUCCCUUGCACGAAAUCGAUCUUCACUCUGGUAUGGAAGAUGUAAUGGCGGCCGAGCUGCCACCGCCGCCACCGAUCAAAUGGUACCAGGUGUGGAGGAUCUUGUUUGAGUAA